ACGCGAUCAAAAUGAGUGUUGCUGCUGGAACACCCAAAGGUUCCUAUGUGGGCUUGGAGAAGAAAGUGGUUCUGAUCACAGGUGCAAGUUCAGGAAUUGGAGCUGGUGCAGCUGAAGUGUUUGCUUGUCAUGGAUCAUCUUUGAUCCUCUGUGGCAGAAAUGCAGAGAAAUUGCAACACACUGCAGACAAGUGCAUUGAGCUUGGUCUGUCACCUGACAAGAUUGUCCAAGUGGUGGGUGAUGUGGCCAAGAAAGAAGACCUAGAAGCUUAUGUGAACAAGGGGCUUGAGAAGUUUGGACGCUUAGAUGUUGUGGUGGCAAAUGCAGGCAUAGGAGUCCCUGGAAAUCUGGAAACCUUGACUCUGGAACAAUAUGAGCACCAGCAGCUGGUGAAUACAACAUCUGUCUUCAGUUUACUCAAACUUGCAAUGCCAGAGUUGAAGAAGACCAAAGGAAAUGUUGUUGCUGUGUCCUCAAUUGCUGGUCUGAAACCAAUUGACUCAAUGUUGACAUAUUGUGUGAGCAAAGCUGGUAUGGAC